GUUCUGAGUUUUGAACGUGACCUAAAACACUUUCUACAUCUUGUACUGUGAUUCCUUUUGGAUUUUAGUUUAAAUUUAAUUUUAAGUCACAAAUUUAGAAAAAAAAAAGACUGCAAAAUGGUCACAAAAUACGUUAUUUCUUUGUUCCUCAUCGCUUUUUGCAGCAGUUCGCUUGCAGAUAGUUGCCAGAACCCUCAAGUCGAAGCCGCUUCGUUCACCAGUUUAGAUGCGACGGUUGUGACACAAAUAGCUUAUAUUACGGAAUUUACUCUCAAAUGUGAUAAUCCUCUGCCUGAAAACUACGCUUUGUAUGCCGAAGUAGAAGGCAAACCAUUGACUGCAGCUCGUAUCGGUGAAAACAAGUAUCAGGUGUCAUGGACUGAGGAGCCAGCGAAAGCUCGUGCUGGCAUCCACGAGAUCCAUGUUCUCGAUGAGGAGGGAUGGGCAUCUCUACGACGAGCUCGCCGUGCUGACCCUGCUGCCACUGUUUCACCAUUAUUGGCUAUUCAGCUUCAACAUCCUGGCAGUUACUCUGGCCCCUGGGUGAACUCCGAGAUCCUGGCCACCGGCCUCUCGAUACUUGUUGCGUACGUCGCUCUCCGCAACAAAAGCAAGAUCCUAGCGUAGUUUAGAAAUUUAUUGUUAUUUAUAUUAAUAUAUGAAAUUUUGUAAC